AUGGGAAAGCUUAUAGAUGAAAAGUGCGAAAUUAAAAGAAUAGAUGAUGUUGAAUAUAUUAAACAAAAUAUUAAAGAAUCAGUUAAUCAUAAUAUAGAUUGUAUGGAAAUUUCUGAUAAUAAUAAUAAUAAUAAUAAUACAACAUAUAAAAUAAAUAAUGUUAAGAUCAUAAAUAAAACUAAUGAUGAAAAUAAUGAAAAGGACAAAAUGAAAAUAUUAAAUAAUAAUGAGAAUAAUAUGAAUCCUACCAUAAUUACAAAAUUGAAAAAUAUAAAUCAUGAAGAUAAUGUUAUAUCAUAUAAUUAUACAUUAGUUUCAUAUAAAAAUUAUAAUAUUUUUUUUAUAUCUCAUAAUGGAAAAUUUGCUUCAUGGGUAUAUUCAUAUAAUGUUUUCUUGCCUAUGUCUGUAGAUCAAGAAACAGAAAUUAUUUUCGGUGAAAGAAAUUAUCCGUACUUAGAAAUUUUUUGUUCAAAGUUUAUGAAAGAUCAUGCAGCAUUUUUAAAAUAUAAACCAAUCAUUUUUGCAAUAUCUAUUUAUAAUAUGUCUUUUAAUGAUACCAAAAUUUUGACACAAAUGUUUGACCAUUUAAGUAGCAUUGUAAUGGAAACACCCCCAGCAUCAUAG